UGUGUGUGCGCGUGUGGGUGUGAGUGCCUGGCUCGCGCUGAGACACACACACACUCACACACACACACAACCCGUUUGUCUCAUCUGAACUUGAAGACACCCGACAUUCCAAGACGCCCGGGAAUGCCCGGGGUUCUUCGAUCUGGAAAAUCCUACCGGCAUCUUCCUAGGGAGGGAUUAUCUUUUUUUGCUUUUUGCUUUUUAAAUCUGGAAGAGAAGAGAGCAAGUUGUGCUUUUUCCUCCCUCCUUCUUGCUAAAUGCCAUGGAUAUAACUGAAUAAGCCGCUCAGGGCUCUCCCCGCGUGGACGUCCGAGGCCACCAUCUGCCUGCGUUCGUCGGAGCCGGAGCCGGAGGGCUAAGCUCGAGCCUGUCUCGGGCGGGGAAGGAUGCGCGGCCGAGCCGGGGAGCCCGGGCGCCCCGCGGAGCUGGCCUCGGUGCCUCCCAGCCAGGGGUAGAUGCAGCCUCGCCCAGCGAGAAGCCGUGAGCCCCUUCUGCAACCAGCAAGACCCUGAGUCCUGAGGCCAAGUGAAGUGGACGUCAGCAGGCAUUCUCAUUCCCUCCCCAUGGGGACGAGUGUAAAGGACACUGCCCAGGAGCACCCAGACUCCUGAUCUCUCACCUGCCAGUGCUCUAACACUGGGAGCACUCUGACCUUUGACAUGCCAGGGUGGGGAUUCCCCACCCUGAAACUCUGAGGCCCCAGCUAAGCAUGGACCUAGAAGGCCAGAACACAUUAGAUCAUGGAGAAGUUCGCAGGUGGAAAGCUUCUACAUGUGGACACCACAGGUGUGGACGUGCCUGGUGGGAUCUGGGCCAAGGCACCACGGCCUGAGUGACCAGACCAUGGAGACCCUGCUUGGUGGCCUGCUGGCGUUUGGCAUGGCGUUUGCUGUGGUCGACGCCUGCCCCAAGUACUGUGUCUGCCAGAACCUGUCUGAGUCACUGGGGACCCUGUGCCCCUCCAAGGGGCUGCUCUUCGUGCCCCCUGACAUUGACCGGAGGACGGUGGAGCUGCGUCUGGGGGGCAACUUCAUCAUCCACAUCGGCCGCCAGGACUUCGCCAACAUGACGGGGCUGGUGGACCUGACGCUGUCCAGGAACACCAUCAGCCACAUCCAGCCCUUCUCCUUCCUGGACCUCGAGAGCCUCCGCUCCCUGCACCUCGACAGCAACCGGCUGCCCAGCCUCGGGGAGGACACCCUGCGGGGCCUGGUCAACCUGCAGCACCUCAUCGUGAAUAACAACCAGCUGGGCGGCAUCGCCGACGAGGCCUUCGAGGACUUUCUACUGACACUGGAGGACCUGGACCUCUCCUACAACAACCUCCAGGGCCUGCCCUGGGGCUCCGUGCAGCGCAUGGUCAACCUCCACCAGCUGAGCCUGGACCACAACCUGCUGGACCACAUCGCCGAGGGCACCUUUGCCGACCUGCAGAAACUGGCCCGCCUGGACCUCACCUCCAACCGGCUGCAGAAGCUGCCCCCAGACCCCAUCUUUGCCCGCUCCCAGGCCUCUGCUCUGACUGCCACACCCUUUGCCCCACCCUUGUCCUUUAGUUUUGGGGGGAACCCACUGCACUGCAACUGUGAGCUUCUCUGGCUGCGGAGGCUGGAGCGGGACGAUGACCUGGAGACCUGUGGCUCCCCGGGAGGCCUCAAGGGCCGCUACUUCUGGCAUGUACGUGAGGAGGAGUUUGUGUGUGAGCCACCUCUCAUCACCCAGCACACGCACAAGCUGCUGGUUCUGGAGGGCCAGGCGGCCACACUCAAGUGCAAGGCCAUCGGGGACCCCAGCCCCCUCAUCCACUGGGUGGCCCCCGAUGACCGCCUGGUGGGGAACUCCUCCAGGACUGCCGUGUAUGACAACGGCACGCUGGACAUCCUCAUCACCACAUCUCAGGACAGCGGUGCCUUCACCUGCAUCGCCGCCAACGCCGCUGGGGAGGCCACAGCUAUGGUGGAGCUGUCCAUUGUCCAGCUGCCGCACCUCAGCAACAGCACCAGCCGUACCGCACCCCCCAAGUCCCGCCUCUCGGACAUCACUGGCUCCAGCAAGACCGGCCGGGGAGGUGGAGGCAGUGGGGGCGGGGAGCCUCCCAAAAGCCCCCCAGAACGGGCUGUGUUGGUGUCCGAUGUGACCACCACCUCCGCCCUGGUCAAGUGGUCGGUCAGCAAGUCAGCGCCACGGGUGAAGAUGUACCAGCUGCAGUACAACUGCUCCGACGAUGAGGUACUGAUUUACAGGAUGAUCCCAGCUUCCAACAAGGCCUUCGUGGUCAACAACCUGGUGUCAGGGACUGGCUACGACCUGUGUGUGCUGGCCAUGUGGGACGACACUGCCACGACGCUCACGGCCACCAACAUCGUGGGCUGUGCCCAGUUCUUCACCAAGGCCGACUAUCCACAGUGCCAGUCGAUGCACAGCCAGCUCCUGGGCGGCACCAUGAUCCUGGUCAUCGGCGGCAUCAUCGUGGCCACGCUGCUGGUCUUCAUCGUCAUCCUGAUGGUGCGCUACAAGGUCUGCAACCAGGAGGCCCCCGGCAAGAUGGUGGCCACCACUGCUGUCAGCAACAUGCACUCGCAGACCAAUGGGGCCCAGCUGCCCGCUCUGAGCAGCGCACCCAGCGGGGCCCCAGUGCAGGCACCGCCCAAGGUGGUGGUGCGCAACGAGCUGGUCCAGUUCAGUGCCAGCCUGGCCCGAGGCAGCGACUCCUCUUCCUCCAGCUCCCUGGGCAGCGGGGAGGCCGCGGGGCUAGGACAUGGCCCCUGGAGGCUCCCUCCCCCUGCCUCCCGCCCCAAGCCCAACCUUGACCGCCUGAUGGGGGCCUUUGCCUCCCUGGACCUCAAGAGUCAGAGAAAGGAGGAGCUGCUGGACUCCAGGACUCCAGGGGGGAGAGGGUCUGGGACAUCUGCCAGGGGCCACCAGUCGGACCGAGAGCCACUGCUGGGGCCACCCACAGCCCGGGCCAGGAGCCUGCUCCCCUUGCCCCUGGAGGGCAAGGCCAAACGCAGCCACUCCUUUGACAUGGGGGACUUCGCAGCUGCGGCUGCGGCAGCGGGAGCGGUCACCGCAGGUGGCUACAGCCCCCCUCGGAGGGUCUCGAACAUCUGGACAAAACGCAGCCUCUCUGUCAACGGCAUGCUUUUGCCCUUUGAGGAGAGUGACCUGGUGGGGGCACGGGGGACAUUUGGCAGCUCCGAGUGGGUAAUGGAGAGCACGGUGUAGGCCUGGGGGUGGGCAUCCUCCCUCCCCACUGGCAGAGCAGAAGAAGGGGGAAGAAUCUGUACUGGGAGUCCUUGUGGAGUUUCCAUGGCGAUGUUUACAUCCAGGGCCGUUUCCUCUCCCUGUCAACGGCCUCCCCCACCCCCACCAUCCAUGCCACCUUCCCAGGCCUGUCCCCCACCACCCAGUGGGGUGUGCUCAGGGAAAGCAGACUCCAUCGCUAAAACGUCGGGCUGAGCCCCGAGUGUUGGGAGAGGCGGCACUUGGCCUUUCUCAUCACAAAUGUCGCAGAUAAGCAAGCGGCUGUGGAUUGCUUAUGGUUCCUGUGUUGUUUCUAUUUCUUAAUUUAUUUUUUCCACUUCCCAGACUCCCCCUCUUCCUUCACACAGAUAAUGGAGGGUUUGCUCUACAUAUGGAAGCAGGUUCCCAGCCGCCCUAGAAGUGGGCGACUGAGGUCCGUUGACAAGAGAAGGGAGUUAUUCUGCCUCCACACGUGUUUUGGGGGAGGCUGUGGAGUCCCCUGGCCAGACUCCUCACUGUUCCCAACCGUCCCCACGCUUGGGAGAGAUGAGUGAGCCCCACGUCAGACCCUGCUCCCCUGCUUCUCAAACAUGACGCCCCGUAUACACCCAUCACAUCAGCUUCAACCAGAAGGGUAGCUUCCAGGGCUCCUUGUGUGUGCGCGAUGGAGAAGGGCUUUAGGAGGCGUAAGGGCAUAAGGGAUCUUAGCUUUUGGAAUUGCUUUGGGAUUUUUGCCUCUUUUUUGAGGAAGCUGGCACAGAAAGUCCCCGUGAGCAUGUGGUGGGUCAAGAGAGCUUCUCUUAAGGAAAGCAGAGUAGGGUGGCCAAAGGAGCACUGGACUUGGAGUGCAAAGAUCUGGGUUUGGAUUCCAGAGCCACCACCCAGUAACCAGCUGAACACGCUGAGCGAGACCCUUCCUAUCUUUGGGCCUCAGUCACCUAAUUUGCAAAAUCCUGGGAUUGUACCAGGUGUCUGAUUUCCUCCCAGUCCUAAAGACUAAUGAACUCUUCAUGACUCUAAAUGUUAUGGUUUCAGCUCAGCUCAGGAGCACAAGCUGUAGAGCAGUCCCUGUCCUUCCUACUGGACACGGAGGGAGAAUUCUAGAGGCUUUGGAGGGGAAAGCUGAAUCUCAUUAGAAUCGUAGUUUUGAAGCUUGAAGAGCUGUCUGCCAUCAUCUCAUCCUUAACCCUCUCUCCCCCUCCCCCCAGAGUAUAAGGGACUUGCCCAUGGUCACACGGUGAGUUAGUGACCAAGUCAGGGUAGGUGUGAAGGCCGCCUCCUCCUGAGCGUGGUGGUGGGGAUCUGUUACCCUGUCUUCACCCUGGCUAGGGCAUUUCUGGGUCCAAAGUCUGUCCCUUGUUUGUUCCUGAAGAAGGUGGCUCAGGGUGGGACAUGGGGCAUGCCUUCCAUGGAUGCCAUUCAUGAAGAGCAUCCAUCCAUGGACAUGACAAGAUGGCUAUGGGAGGGGCACAUGGGCUCCUUUUGACGUAGGGAUUAACGCCCACACUCCCAGACAGUGUCGAGAUGGGGCAGAGGGGGUGCGGGAGGAAGAAACUGCUUUAGAAGUGUCUGAACGACUUCCCCCUGCAUCUGUCUCUCCUGGUCUCUGUCUGUUGCGGGUCUCUCCUAACUGCCAACGCACUACCUCUCCCUCGGUCUCCCCAACUCAUUCUUCCCUCUCCCGAGCCUCUGCCAUAGAUCUCUAACCUCUCUCUCUCCUUCUUCUCCCUCCUUCCACUUGCCAACCACACAGCAUACAAAGCACACAGGUGAGUCCACUUCGGGCCGAAAAGUUCUGAUGGGCUCAGACCUGGAGCUGUGCUGGUGGCCCCCACCCCCACCCAGAGCACACAAGGAGAGGGUGGGAACUGUCUAUGCAGGAUUGCCUUUUGGCUCCAGCCCAGGAGCCUCCCAAUCCCAUGCCUUCGUCCUUCCGCCCCUCCUCCCUUGCUUCUCCCUGUCCUCGCCUUCCCUCCACCCUCCUGUCUUUAUUCUUCUUUUACUUCCUGUGACUCUCGGCCUUGCCCAGUCCCUUUCUGGUCUUGGCAAGGUCAUUAACUGACCAGGCCAGUCUCUUCCUGAGGCCACAAGUUAAUUUUCCAGGCUAAUCCCAGUGCCAGAGCACAUGCCUCCCCCAGCCAUGGCGGCGCCCACAGAACUGGGUGACUUGGAAGCGUCUUUCCCACCCUCCUCUUUUCCGCCUCCGUUUCCCUCCUCUCUGUGUCUCUCUGCACCUUUCUCACUCAGCCUUUCUAAAUGUAGCCAUUGAGGAAGUGAGCCCCAAUACCACCUUUCUUUUCGCCUUUGGGUUCAGACACCCAGAGGGAAAGUGGUGGAUGUCGGAAGGGGAGGAACCAACUGUCUGUUUUUGUCAGUGGCCCUGAGCUCUGUCAUGACAUGGUAUGUACUCGCGCUUGUGUUUGUCAUGUUUCUGACUUGGAGUUUUGGAAAACAACAUCCCUGUGGUCAGAAUAUAAAUGCCAAUCUUCUCCUUUGCAAAAAAAAAAAAAAAAGAUGUACAGUAAAAUGUACAGUUUUAAAAACAACCAACCACACUUCUUGGGAGAGAAAAAAAGAACAUUCUCAUGUCUGUGAAUGUCUGCUGUUCAUUUCUCUGGAAACGCCAUGGUUUUCUGAAGGGGGCUCUGAAGUUGCAUUUUCCAGUGUACGUGUGUCAGCUACUGCCUGGUAGGAGCCUGUUUCCUGCCAAGUUCAUGUAAAGAUGGCAGCCUUCUGAAAGAGAGAAUGGGGCCGUCCUCCUGGAGUAAAGAUCAGUAGAGGAUCUAGAAUGAAGCUCCAAGCUAAGAAGGAAUUGUUCCUUCCUAGUUACCCUGAUGUCCCACCAGCCCGCCUCCUUUUAUUGGACUGUGGCCACCACCACACUUAGCCACUAGGGGAGCACAUGUACCUUCCACCCAUUUUGGUUGAGCCUUGAAUGGCACUUUUUCAAAAGGGUCUUUUACUGGGGAACCAGGACAACAAACCAAAGCACAAACCCAAAGUGUAGAAACAAAUGAGCUUCUGGAACACGCUUCCCAACCCUAUCUUCAUCUGAUGUUUAGAUCAGCACUGUUCAAUAGGAAUAAAGUGUGAGCCCUGCUGUCAUUUUAAAUCUAACCUAAUAUAUCCAAAAUAUUAUUCCAACAGGCAAUCAUUAUAAAGUUAUUAAUAGGACAUUUAAAUUGUUUUGUACAAAGUUUUGGAAAUCUGGUGUGUGUUCUACACUCAUGGCAAUCAUUUUUCACAUCUUGGCACAUCUUUAGAAUGCUAAGAGCCAUAUGUGGCCAGUACUGGCCACUGUAUUGGAUGGUGCAGCUCCAGACGUACAAUGAUCAUGCAAGCGUCGCUUUUGGCAGGGGAAGCACUGACAAUUAUUGAGCACCUACAGUUCCCAGGUACUGUAUUGGUGCUUCUCGUGCAUUCCCCACUGACUCCUCACUGCAGCCUCUCAAGGUGGAUAUUCUUAUGCCGAUUUUACAGAUGAAGGGACUAGGCUCAGAGGGGUUAAGUAGCUUGCCCAUGGUCCCACAAUAAGUCUGUCUGCAAAGCCUUAGCCCUUUCCAUAACGUCACACUGCUUUUCCUAUCCUUUCUUCCUCUCUUCAACCUGCUAUAGAUUACAUUUUACACUGACUGAGGUACUCAAAUUUAUAGCCUGAUCUGGAAGCCCUUGGUUUGCCCUCAAGGUCUGGUAAAAUUCUCAAUGUUGACUGCCGGCAAGGGUCCCUUGUUUAAGUGGGUUCUUCUGACCUCACGCUGGCCUUUCUGGCUCUUCUUGGCUUGUAACACAUUUCCUCCCCUGGCCAGGAAGAUUCCCCCAGGCUUCAGACAGUCUGGCCCAGCCUGCCCUUGUGAUCACCCCUUCUCAAGGCCUGGGGCCUUCUAGGAGGUCUCUUGUAUAACAACCUCCACCUCCAGCCUCGUCCGGUCCCCUGUGCCCUGAAAGCCUGUGACUUCUUCCUUUUUAAGACAUAAAGUCUCAUACCAGCUCACUCCAAUGAGUGAACUCAUCUUCCCCCGCUUCCUGUUGGAAAACAGGAGGAGAGGCUCUGCCCACCCAGAUCCUCUUUCCUCACAGGAGAGAAGGCUUCAGCUCUCUCAUCUUGUGCAGAGUAGAGGUAGCUGAUGCACUCUGAGCCCAGCUGAAUUAUUAACUAGCAAAGAGUUCAACCUCCUUCUCCCAAGUUCUUGAUAACGACACAUCCCUCAGGUUCCCUUCGAAGGAGAUGUUUUUCAUUUUGCCAUCAUUACAGUGUUGAAAGUCCAAAAGAACUUAGAUACACUUUUUUUUAAGGGAUGUAAUUUCCAGCCAGGUAAGAGAAAAGUCACUGUCUCAGAUGUCUGCCUUCCAAACUGAGCAGUAACUUUUCUCCCAGAGUCUGUGGGUAUUGAUUUUCCAUAAGUACAGCCUGAGUGCCUCUGUCUGCUGUCCUCUGUUCUCAAAGUGUCUACGGGGAAGGUCUCAGAGCUUCAGCAAGCCACAUGGGGCUUCCUUUGUACUUGCAGCCGUUGGAGUUUCUGCAAACUGCUGCUGGUAAAAUAGAUACGCUUAUUUUAAAAAAAGACUGUUGUCAGGGAGCAGUCAAAACCUGAACACACCGUUUUAAACAUCACACCCAGAUUCCCAAACCCAGCAACGUUCUAUGUGAUGCAGUUGCCAGCAGGAAGAAUUUGUUGCGACCAUAAGGCUUCUCACAGGUAAAUACCUGGGGUUCCUGCCUUUGCACAACAGAACCAGAUCCAUCCAGGUUGCUCUCCCAACAUCUAAAAGGAACAUUGCCCUGCUCACAGUUUAAAAACGUCUAUUUGUGCUUUCAGCCUGUAAACUAAAGAUCUUACUUUCUCAGCUUCCAUGAUCUCGUUUAAGUGUCCCCCCUGGCAGCCAGCCGAUGUUCACAACAACGCUGUGAGUUUCCCCUCCCUGCAGCCUCUCACAGAGGGAAACUGAAAUGCUUCCCAACCGACCAAAGAGGGGAGCCCGCCUCUCCCCCUCAAGCUACCCUGGGAGCCCAUCACUGCCGUUCAGCCUCCUCUGACUGGUGCAGCAAUGUUGGCCCAUGUCCUCAUUUGGGAUGCUUGGCAUAUUUCUUCUGCUCACUGACUCUGGGGAAACGGGCCCAGACUGCAGGCUCUUGCCUGGUUAUUUUUCUGUUCUUCUUGGCAUAACUGAUCUUCUUGUCCCUUUGGCCAAAUAGCUGAAUGUGCUCCUGGCCAAUCAGAGCCAGGAUUCUCCUCCACCAUCUUGUGUUGGAGUCUCUCUGGAGCUGCGGCAAGGAAGAUCUCAUUAUCUAGUCCCUUUCUGAGAUGUCAAUGCAUCCUGCAGUUACCCGCUUGGGUCCCUAUGGAUGAGGGGGUGAAUCUGGAAUUUCACCCAUCUCCAUGGGAUUCCCAAACCCAUGUGGUCCAUAUCCAGUCAGCCCACUGACCAGCCCACAACCCUGGGCCCCUCCAUCCAGCUGCCCAUCUGGUUGGUGAUGAUGAGCACGCCCCCUUUUCUUUUGCUACCUCCUCUGUAACAUGUGCUCAGUGAUACUCCCUGGCACACCUGGCAGCGACUCUAGCAUUUAUAUACUUUGCAAGAGUGAGUUUUCUUUCCCUUGACUCCCCUAUGCUAUAUCCAAGAUGUCCUCCAUUCCCCAAACUGUGAAUACCUCUGUCAGCUUCCUGACACUGUUCCUACUCUCUCAUGAAGAAACACCUCAGAGGCCCACACUGUCACCUCCAUCACCAACGCAGGAUGUCUUGGGAACAAGCAAGUAUCUUGUUUACCAUUUGAGAAGGACUAUUGCUAAGAAGAAGGGAUUUAAGUCCUCAGUUACACCCAGUCAUCUGGAAUGGUCCCCUCCUGGGUUCCCUGUCACACUCUUUCUACCCAUUCCUUGGGAUCUCUCAAAGAUACAAUUCUGCCUGUCUACCAAAGAUGGGCUGGUUGCCUUACCUACUCAGACUAAACAUGGGAAAGUUCUUGUCCCUUCAUUAGGUUGACACAAGGUUGGCAUUCUCCAAGUGGAUAUUGAACUGCAGAAUUAAAUUGAUAAUAGUAGCUGACAUUCAUUGAGAGUUCCCUACGUGCUGUGCACUGUUCUAAAAGCUUUACACAGAUUAUCUCAAUUUGUCAUCAAAACAACACAGUGAAGUAGGUAUUACUAUUAUCAUCCCCAAUGGGGAAGCUAAGGUAGAGAGAGGUUAAAUAACUUGCCCAAGGUCACACAGCUAGUGAGUGGCAGAGUUGGGUAAACAAUAAGUUAAUUGUCCUGAAGUUACCUACAAAGCUGCAGAGACGAUUAGAAACACAGAGUUUUUUGGGUUUCAUGUCAAAGGCCUGAAUUCUGGUAUGGGAACUUCGAAUUUUAGAAGACCAAGUCCAGCAGAAAAAGCAAAAGAGGUGGAGAAAUCAGUGCUACGUGCAUUCAGCAUGCAUUUGCUGACCUACUGUGUGCCCCACACUGUGCCCUGCACUGAGGGAAAUCAAAAUAAAAGUGAAGGACACUGUGCAUGCCCUUGAGGGCCUUACACAUCCCCCUGAGGGGCAAGGACAUAAGCUGGUUCUAGAUCUCUGGUUUUACAAAGAUCAGUCUGUUUUCACUCAUUUCAAGAUAAUGGAUAGUCCAGGAGGAGAUGAACGGAUGGAUUGGCCAGGGCUGCAAGGCCAAGGUGGCACCUCUGGCUGGAAGAAUUCACUAGAUUUUAGGUUCCAAAGGGACCUGGAGUGGCCAAGUGACUGGCUUUGGGUUAAACAGGGUCCACUCAGAACUGGAAUCCUGCACCUGGACUAGCAGGGAUGGAAGCAGGCAACUCUAGCUGUCCCAGGAGCUUUUGAGGUGGGGUGGCAGGUGGGAUGGAGAGAACAAAGCAGGCCUGGGGGAGGGGCAGUGGUAGAGAACUGGGAGGUCCUGAGCAACCCAAGGCAGGCGGUGUUGCUCCUGGGGGUGAGGUGCCGUCCAGGAGGAGGAGCUGGAUUCAGAGCCUGUUUCCUGGCCUCAGUGCCUUUUCCAGUAAAGUGUUGAUGGUAAGUAUUGACUUUGGUAAGUACACCUGAGGAGGCCCAUGUAGUUAUAUAGAUGGCACAUCAGAUUGGAAAAGGCAGAGUGAUAAUAGUCAUUAUGAUUAAUGAUAUGCAUCAUUGAAAACAUUAUGAUAAAUUGUAGCAUAUUAAGUGAUAAUAUUAGGUAUCUCAGUCUCAUAGAAUCUCAGGGCCGGCAAAGCCAUCAGAGAUCAUCCACUCUAGGCUCCCUCGACGGGUGUUAGGAUCCCCUGUUCAAUAGCCAUGAAAACUGUUAUUAAUCUUAUUACAAGCAAGAUCGUGCAUGAUGAAGUUCAGAAUUCACCCCAAGUGGGGAGUGGCUCCCUGUACUCCAACCAGACCAAGGCCUGAUGGUUAUGGCCCUGUACCCUGGUGGGCCCUUGCAGAGUCAUCAUUCCUGCCUUCACAAGAAACCCAGAGCCCAGAUAGCAAGCAGCUCUCUGAGACUGCUGUGGCCAAAAUAGCAGUAGGAAACUAGGUGCAGAGCCAAGGCCCAGGCUGGGAACAACUCGGGGUGGGGGAGGGGCGGUGUUGCUCCCUUGCUGAAUUAGCCCUGGUCUCCAGGACAUCGAGAGAAGGAAGGAGGCAGGAAAGGGGGAGAAAGCACACGUUAGCCUCUGCAGCCCCUGGUGCUCCUUUAUGUUCUGAGAUCCACAGUCCCAGUAGCAGCUAGAAGGACCUGGAAAAUUCCAGACCUCAUCUCUGGGUUUCCUUACUCAUUGGUUCCCCAAUCCCUGCUCACCCUUCACCCUUGUUCCAGGUCUGGCAUAAUGGCCAAAGUCUAACCACCAGGACUCUGAAAUGACAGAAAUGCUGCCACCAAAAACCUCUUACAGGUUUUCCUUUAUUUCUUUGGGUUAACAGACUUUUUCCCUUCUAGGAUGUAAAUACUCACAGGAAGACUCUGCCAGGUGCCAGGUGAAUCACCCAGCAAGAAGCUGGCUCUGUUCAGAGGGCUAACAGUGAGCCAGAGGGUCUCCACUUGAAUUGGGAGAUGGCCUUUGUGUGUGUAUUGGGACAUGAAUUCAGCACUCAGCCAGAUGGUUUACAACUCUGCCUUAGCCUUCACUUCCUGCUUGUGCAGAGCCUGAAGAUCUGCCAGAGUUCCAGGUAAGAUGCAGUAAACACACGGCAGCCUCCCUCCCCACUGACAAUAAAACCUGGACACAGUGCGUGGGGCAGCUCUUGGAAGUCUCUGAACAGCUUUGUUGUGGUAUGUUGCUG